CACGUCUUUCUCUGUGUGAUCUGUGAGGCUGAGGAGCAAUUUUCUUGUCAAAAUUUGUCAUGUACUAAAAGGAAAUAUUAAAAAACAAAGUAAAACAUGGCUUUAAGAAUAUUAAAACACGCUGUUUCUAAUCAACGUCUUUUAAUACCGUUACAACAUUCACAAUGUGCAAAGAAGGCAUAUUCAGACUGGGAAAAUCGAGUAAAUGUUCCUUCCAAAGAAAAAGUAACAGAUAUGCCGUCAAUGGACCAACCCGUACCUGGACUACCUACACCCAUCUAUGCAACGCUUAAAGAGGAACAUCAAAAAACGCAAGUGACCCAACUUUCAAAUGGAAUACGGGUGGCUUCGGAAAAUCGAUUUGGAGAGUUUUCUACAGUGGGAGUUGUUGUUGAUUCGGGGUCAAGGUACGAAGUCGCUUACCCAAGUGGAAUCUCGCAUUUUCUGGAAAAACUUGCAUUUAAUUCAACAAUUGCCUAUCCUGAUAAAGAUGUUAUGAUGAAUGAAUUGGAAAGUCAGGGAGGUAUUUGCGACAGCCAAGGAUCUAGAGACACUUUUAUAUACGCAACAUCGGCUUACACAAGUGGAUUAAACGAUGUGGUGAAAUUAUUAGGUGAAGUGGUUUUACGACCGCAAAUUACCAAUGAGGAAGUUGAAGCAGCUCGUCAAGCCAUCAGUUUUGAAUUGGAAAUGUUGGGGAUGAGGCCCGAACAAGAAACACUCCUAUUAGAUUUAAUACACAUGAGUGCUUAUCGUGACAACACUUUAGGCUUGCCUAAAUUGUGUCCGCCGAACAACUUACAAAAAAUAAAUCGUGAUAUGUUAUUUAAUUACUUAAACAGGCAUCAUUCGCCUCAACGUAUGGUGGUUGCUGGAGUUGGGGUAGAGCAUAAUAGAUUAGUUGAAGCGGUACAGAAGUAUUUUGUAGAUGUAAAACCCAUCUGGGAGACUGAAAAGGACAUGCAUUCGUACACUUCAUCUGUCGAUAAAAGUAUAUCGCAAUAUACUGGAGGAAUUGUGCAGGAAGAAUGUGAUAUUCCACAGUUUGCAUCGGCCGGACUACCAGUUUUAUCUCAUGUGAUGCUAGCGCUAGAGGGAUGCUCACAUCAAGACAAUGAUUUUAUACCAAUGUGCGUUUUGAAUAUGAUGAUGGGUGGCGGAGGAUCUUUCAGUGCAGGUGGGCCUGGCAAAGGGAUGUAUACUCGAUUGUACACGAAUGUUUUAAAUCGUUAUCAUUGGAUGUAUAGUGCCACAGCGUAUAAUCAUUCAUACGUAGACUCAGGGUUGUUUUGUAUACACGCAAGUGCUCCUCCUACUCAUGUUCGCGAAUUAGUAGAAGUUAUAGUUAGAGAGAUGGUUGCAAUGGCUGGCUCGAUCUCGGAACAAGAAUUGAGGAGAGCAAAGACACAACUGCAGUCAAUGUUGUUAAUGAACCUAGAGUCACGACCUGUUGUCUUUGAAGAUAUAGGAAGACAAGUAUUAGCCACCGGGCAUCGGAAACGACCAGAAUAUUUUAUAAGCGAGAUAGAAAAGGUUAACAAAGAUGAUAUAGUGGCAGUCGCGAAAAGAUUGUUAAACUCUCAGCCGUCAGUUGCAGCAAGGGGCGAUCUACGAAAGUUGCCAUCUCUAGAUUAUAUACAGCAAGGUUUUGUUGACAGUGAAGGUAGAAUGCCUGGAAAAUUAUCAUUGUUUAGAUAAAUCUUUAUAAUAAAGUAUUGUAAAUAUA